GCGAUGAUGGUGGGGAAGGCUGGAGGAGCGGCGGCCAUGGCGGCGGCGGCGGCGAUGAUGAUGAUGUACUUGUAUGCAUCAACAAGCAAGCCGUCGACCGAGCUCACUCAGUCUCUCAUCCAAGGUCAAGUGGCCAUGGGCGCCAUGGGAGGAGCUGAAGGGCUGCACCCGGUGCCGUCCCAGGGCCCUCCGACCUGGGAGCGAGGAGGGAACACGUGGAUGUAUGACCGAAUCUACGGCAACGGGAUCAGACCGACCACGGGCGUCUGGGCACAGCCUACUGCCGUUGCUGAGGAACCGCAGGGGGAACAGGGGGAAGAGCAAGCGCCAGCGGGUGCGGCCGAAGAGCCAGCUGCCGAGCCAGUGGCAGCUGGUGGCGAUGGAGCAGCGGCUGCGGUGGAAGCAGAGGAGAUGCCAGCAGCAGCGGCUGAGGAACGUCCUGUUGCUGAGCCCAUGAAUGAUGCUGGUGUGCCUGAAGCCCCGGCUGCCCAGCCGCGCGAGAAGGAGGUGGUCAAGGAGGUGGUCGAGCCAGACGGCAAGGUGAGGGAGGAGGUUGAGCCUAAGGCCCAGGCCUCGGAGCCUGAAGCAGAGGACUGCGGGGGAUCAGACUGCAGUCAGAACCCCGACCAGAUCAUUGUCAAUGUUCCUUCCCAGCAGGCACCCGUGCAACAGGUUCCGGUUCCCUACCCUGCUCCCGCCAGCCAGCAGCUUCCCAUGGAGUGGGCGGCGGAGGACGCUGCAGAGCAUGCGUAUAACUUGGCACAAUGGCGAGUGAAGAUCCUCAAGGCCAAGAUGGAGCAGGCGAAGCUGCGCAAGGAGCUCAUGGCGGUGACCAUGGGGGAUGACAGCGAAGACGCAAACGAGGAUCGUAUGGUUGGGUCUCGAGGGCGAAGGAAAGGCAGGAGCGACACGGAGUUGAAGGCGGUGAAGAUGUCCCUGCUGACACUCGCGAAGGAGACAGUCUCUGCCAUCCGGCAGCUGAAGAACCAGAUGCAGGAGCUCAAGUCUGCUUCGCUCAGACGGAGGACCGGGGGAGGACAGGAGACGCAGCUCGCUGAUGUGGGAGGCACUCAGAUGAACCAAGCAUUGCGCAAGAUUAAGGCGAAGAAGACCGCGGAGGUCUUGCAGCUCAAGAAGAAGAUGGACAACCAGCUGAACUCUCUGCUGCAGAAAGUGACGAAGCUUAUCAAGUCAAGAUCCCACUAGAAAGUUUCUACUAAAUAAUCUACUAGCCCGGACUGCCGGAGCCCCCU